AUGAGUUCAGCACAAAAAGAUACAAAGACAGUGCAAGCAGCUGUUAUCGCUAAUGCUCAUAUAAGUGGUCAAGAGACACCAGAUAGUGAUCCACGCAAGAGAGCCGAUAGAGAAAAUGAAGGUCGACUUUCAGGAGAUCAAUUUACAAUUGCUGAAACUCCUGUUUUUCAUAUCAAUCCAACAGUUGGAACUAAGAAAUGA